AUCAGCUGUUUACCCACAAUUCUCAGGCUGCCACGUCUGUUUUGUCUCGUAGGGUCAAUCUUGUUGAAAAUUCUUUCCCAGGGGCAGAGUAAGGCCACUUAGGGGCCUCCGAGGGAGCGGGCAUCACCAUGGGAGGAUCACAGAGUACGGAAAUACCCGGGGGAGGCAUGGAAGGCUACCAUGUACUGAGGGUUCAAGAAAACUCCCCGGGACAAAUUGCUGGACUGGAAGCUUUCUUUGACUUCAUUGUUUCAAUUGGUAACACAAGACUGGACCAGGACAAUGAUACACUUAAAGAGCUUCUCAAGAACUCCAUAGAGAAAGAGCUAAAGAUGACUGUGUAUAGCAGCAAAACCCAGACGAUCCGUACUGUAAACAUAACACCAUCAAACCUCUGGGGUGGUCAAGGCUUACUUGGGGUUUCCAUUAGAUUCUGCUCUUUCGAGGGAGCCAAUGAAAAUGUCUGGCAUAUUCUGGAAGUAGAACCCAACUCUCCCUCUGACAUUGCUGGGCUUCAGUCAUAUAAGGAUUACAUCAUUGGUGCAGACUCAGUGCUCCACGAGAGUGAAGACCUGUUUUCACUCAUAGAGGCACAUGAAGGUCGACCUCUUAAGCUCUACGUUUACAAUGUAGAAACUGAUUCUUGUAGAGAAGUAACUGUCACACCUGACACCCAGUGGGGAGGCUCAGGGAGCUUGGGGUGUGGCAUUGGCUAUGGGUACCUACACCGCAUCCCCACACAGCGAGGUGGACCUAUCAUCGAUACACCCAAACGAUCACCUAAUGAUGCGUCUGAUGGUGAAACACUAUUACAGGUUGCAACAGGAAGUGAGGUAGAGGCUGUGGCCUCCAGUAUAGCAGGAAUAAGUGUAGGAGAGGGUAUUCCAGCUACAAUGACUGCAGGCUCAACCAUUCCUCCACCCACUGCCUUUACAGCUGCUCCUGAUGCCCAUCCAGCAUUUGCAACAGCUACUGCAACUGCCGCUACCACUGCAGCAAUACCUGCAGCAUCUACAGCAGUCCCCAACAUUCCUCCUCCUGCAGCUUUUACACCAACAUCUGUUCCUCCCCCAGUUGAACUUCCAGCCAGCUUUACCACUCACAUUCCUACAAUGGCUCCUCAGUCUCCUGCUUACACUUCUCUUCAGGCUCCUUCUGAAGUGCCAGUUCCAACACCUGUUCAGACUUUGAGCAUGCAAGUUCCAAUGCAACCUACUCUGUCACCCUCCCCAAGUUCCAACCUUCCUCAAGUUGCAGGUUCUCAGCCUAGUCCACUGACAAUAGGUGGUGCCCCAACUGUACCAGUGGUAUCCAGUAGUCCACAGGUAAUGGGAAGUCCUGAAUUUAAUGUUCCAGCAGCCCCUAUUCUAUCUCCAAUGUCAACAGGUCAACAAAUUCCUCCUUUCAGUACCACCUACACUUCUUCAGUCAUUCCACCACCAGUCACUCCUCCAUCAUUCACAGCAACUCCAACAAUGCCAUCUAUUCCUGGGAUGCCAGUGACAACUCCCAUCAACCUUCCUGGCAUGCCUCCCAUCACAGUAAGAGCCACAUUACCACCUGAGUCGUUCCAGGGCAUGGCCAGCAAUCCCCAAGCUACAUCACAACCCCAACCAGUGCAAUAGACUACAGCUGCCAGCUAUAUCUAGUGAGGGGGACACUAGAAAGCAACACUUAUCAAAUUGUCAUCACCGGCAUAACUUCCAUUUCAUUGUUUUAAAGUAUAACUUGUAUGACUAUAAAACCCACACACACACACCUACACAUACAUAAAUAAUAAAAGAUCUGGCUCACUUGCAUUUUGAGCGAUAAGAAUGCCACACUUUAGGUUUGAUAAAGUGUUGGUUGUCUCUUCACUUCAUAGUGUAUUAUCAACCACUGUGAAAUACAGUCUAGUAGUAAUAAGAAAGAAACUAAAAAGAAUAGUGCCCUACAAAUGAGAAAAAUUCAGUUAGAAGAGCUAGGAGGCUUAUCUUGAACUAUAGGAUGCAUAGAUAUCCUUUGGAAAUAAAUUUGGUUAUCCAUUUCUCUUCUUGUUUCCUCACUGCACAUUUAUUUUUUAAGCAUAGUUAGGCACUCGGAGAGUAGAAUAUCAAAAAUUAUAAUUUGCACCAGAGGUGAUUGAGCAAGUUAACUAAAGUUAUAAUAAAUGCGAAGUAAACAGGUAGCAUUUGGACAUGCAAUUAGAUUUUUAAUAAGCUUAUUUAAUUUUAAUCUCUAUGAAAGCUUUGGCAAAUAUUUCAAACAGUUUAACCUCAAUUACUUGUACUGUUUACUCAGAAUUGUCAUUAGUUCUUGAUAAAUUAACAAAAAAUAUGUGAUGAAAUGUCUAUUAAUGCUCUUAUUUGGUAAUGCAUAUUACCUUUGUAAAUAAUACUUCUUAAAUGUUUUUAAGGAAACUAUUUUUAACACUGACACUUGGUUACAGUAGGUAUUUAUAUAAUUGUUAGAUGAUGAUGGUGAUGAAACUAAUUACUAUUUGAAUUAUGCUGAUUAUUUUCUUCAUUGUUUAAAUUUGAUAUAAAAAAAGGGGGCAAUUAUAAGGUUGCAGAGCUCUGCAGUUACAGAAUGUUGCAUAUAUAAAAUCUUUCAUUGCCUGUUGCUUUAGGUUAAUUUGGAUUUUGGAAUCCAUUUUUUAAAUGCGGUAAAGUUGAUUUUGAAUUAAUAAUGGCCUAAACAUGAGCCUCUUCAUUCAUUAUUGACUAUACAGUCAACCUUGGUCCUACUCUAGUGUUUGGUGGCUGGCUUGUAAUUCGGGAAACCUUUUUAAUUUGGCUGUACUUGCCACCAUACAUUGUAUAAUUUAACAUUAUUCAUAUUUUCAUAAAAUGAUUAUUCCUGUAGAGCUUUUGGAAGCAUUGUAUGUGUAUAUAUUCUUUAUUCAGCUUUAGUAAUUAGCUGUCUGUAUAGCAUAAUGCCAUAAAUUAUCUUUAACGCUAGAAAAGUAUUUAUAUUUUCUGUCAUAAUUAAUACUUCUGUUUUGUAGAACAGUGUGUGGUUGAUUCCGAGAGCUUGUGGCUGAAUUACUGUCAAAGUUAAGUAACCACUUUUUUUUAUUUUAAUGGUUCUUCACCUUGACUUCUUCAAAGAGGGGAGGGCCUUGAUACUGUUUAAGGGCUCUUGAUCUGCAGAACUGGAGCUUUCAUCUGCUUCCUUGGAUAAAAUUUGAUCAUCUCUCAUUCCCCAGGUAUUGUAUAGCGGAACCUUCGUACUCGAACUUAAUUCAUUCCAGACCGCUGUUCGAGUGUUGAUCUGUUCGAAUAUCAAACGGAUUCUUCCUAACCAAUUUUCUUUUUGGUUGGUUGUUAUCACUAAUCUUUACAGGCCCCAUUAUGACUUAUUUAUACAAAUAAUAUAAAAAAAGCACCAGAAAAUGCGAAGAAACACGAAAUAGUUUACAGCGGAGUUCUGGCAGGUCGUGUUUGUUUGGUCGAGUGCUGAGUUUUGUUCGAGUAAGGAGCUGUUCGAGUACUGAGGUUCCAUUGUAUAACCCUUGUGAGUAAAGCAUUGACCACAUUAUAAUUGAGAAAAUUUAUAUCAGUUUACCUAAAAAAAAAAAAUAAUUUUAUUGCCUUUGUGAUUUUCUUGAGUUUUCCUCUAUGUUCAAUCGAAAGAUUAACCUCAUUGUUUUUCACAUUCAUCUUGGCAGUGACAAGUGGCACAUUACUUGUAUUUUGGCCUAAUCAACUUAGAUGUUUCACAAGCCAAGUAACUGUAGCAUUGCUCUAGAUUUCCAGUGUAGAAAUGGUCACUGGUGGAACAAUUUGAGGUGUGUACACGUCACCCGGCUGAAUUUGUGAGUAUGUAACCACACAUACUGUUAGAGAAGUUUGUUAUUCUCUAAAGUUUCUUGUGCUAAAGUGAGAAAAAAAGUUCUAUACAGUCUUGAAAUUACUGGAUAUCUCUGAUUUUAAAAUGUAAUACUUAAGUGCCACUAUUCAGAUGUAAAUGGCUACACUGUAAAGUGCUUUCUUACCUAAUUGUAUGCAAAUACGAAUUUGUUUAAUAUAUUGUAUAAUACAAAGG